GCUCCAGGUUGGCUGCUCCUCACCUACUUUUCCAUGACCCUGGGCUCCGGCCGCUGCCCCGCUCUCCUCCGCAAUGUUUCCUAGCCCUGUGACCACGACACCCUUCUCGGUCAAGGAUAUUUUGAACCUGGAACAGCAUCAGAGCGGCCUGGCCUCCAUGGAGCUCUCCUCGCUGGCCUCCCCCUCCUGCAUGCUGGCCACCUUCAAGCAGGAGACGUACAGCGCCGAGCCCCCGGCCCUGCCCGACCGGCGGGAGGAGCUGCCCGAGGCGCACCCGGCCAAAGCCGCCGCCGCCGCCUUCCCCGGCUCCUACUACGUUAAAAGCUACGUGGAAAUGGACUCGGCCAAGGACGCCAAGGCGGACAAGAAAGAACUGUGUUCCCUGCACAAGAGCCUGGAGCAGGAGAAAAGAGACCUAGAAGAUCCCGAGCGCCCCAGACAGAGGAAGAGGAGGAAACCUCGCGUCCUCUUUUCUCAAGCGCAAGUCUACGAACUGGAGAGAAGGUUCAAGCAGCAGAAAUACCUCUCGGCUCCCGAGAGAGACCAUCUAGCAAACGUCCUUAAGCUCACCUCCACCCAGGUGAAAAUUUGGUUCCAGAAUCGAAGGUAUAAAUGCAAAAGGCAGAGACAGGAUCAGACCCUCGAAAUGGUGGGCAUCCCUCCCCCGCGGCGGAUAGCGGUGCCGGUGCUGGUGCGCGAUGGGAAGCCCUGCCUGGGGGAGUCUUCUCCCUACAGCUCGCCGUACAAUGUCAGCAUUAACCCCUAUAGCUACAACGCCUACCCCGCGUACACUAACUACAACAGCCCCGCCUGCAACGCCAACUACAACUGCAACUACCCGUCCAUGCAGACCAUGCAGCCCUCGGCGGCCGGCAACAACUUCAUGAACUUCAGCGUAGGGGACUUGAAUUCAGUGCAGACGCCCAUCCCGCAGGGGAACGCGGGGAUCUCCACGUUGCACGGGAUCCGAGCCUGGUAGAGCCGCUC